UUCGACCGAGGGUUCGAAUCGAGUCAAAGUCGGGUUGGAGUGUAAAUUCUUACGGUGGAAACACUAUAAACUUUACUCCAACUUUACCCAAUAAAAUUUUAGGGUAGAGGUCAAAUGAAGUUCGAUGGAAACGAUCGAAGUUACUCUUGUGUUGCCAACAGAAUGAAUCCAAAUUGAGUUGCAUUUCAAACGUGUUGCGUUGCGUCGUGUUGCAUGUUUAUAUGUACUUUUGCUUUAUUAUUUUGGUAUUGUGAAAUUAAUAUUAUAGUUCUUGGAUCCAUUUUAAUGAUAUUCAAUUGUGAUAAACAUAUAAUUUUAAUUAACGUAUAUUAGGAUAUCUUGUAUACAGUUAGUAACAUUCAACCUUGCCGCAACCCCACUGCAACUCUCUACAUAAUUUUGAUCCGGUAGAAACAGACGAGCUAACCCGACUCUGACACGAUUUUGACCCUAUUCGAACCCUCGGUGGAAACUUAGUCAGUGGGAGUCACCUCAGGAAUCGGCCCGAAAUGUGCAUUGCUCUAGAAUGUUUACAUGUAUCAUGGUUAGAAGCUGCAAUUGAAGAGAAACGAACAAGACUAAGUCCUUGUUGCUUUAAAAUUGAUGACAACGUAACAGACAAUGAAUUUUUAAAUUCUGUUAAAAAUAUAAGAAUUAAGCCAUUAAUAUGCAUCCGUUUUUCUAAUACUGACCAUACUUCACAUAAAAAAGAUCCUUUUGUAGAUGAGCUACCUAGACAUUGUGAAGUUAUAACAUUACGCGAUUACAAGACUUAUAUGCAACAUUCAUAUUUCAAUGCUAUACGUCGUCAAAUAUAUGUGUUUUUACCUGAAAUCCCGUAUGUAAAAAUAAAAACAUUUGUAUUGCCUAACAAUGUACAUAAAACAGCUGAAUAUUCAGAAAUAAUUUCUACAAUUAAUAAUUACAAAGCGUCUAUGCCAAAUGAAGAGACAUCUACAUGUCUCAUGUUAUUCUGUAAUUAUCUGUAUAUUGCAAAACGUUGGGCUUCAGCUAUAUGUAAAAGAAAAGAAAAUAAAAACUUGUCUGUAUUUGGUGUUAAGUAUAAUAAAAUAAAACUUAUACAUAUUAACAAUUGGUAUGGAAGAAAAUAUCCAUGGCAUUUCUGUCGGAAAGUUGAAGAAAGUUUAUCUUGUAUCGCUGUCCUAAUCAUUGGUCUUAUGCAGACAUACUCCAUAGUUUUGGAGACAGAAUGCAAUACAGAAGAGCAGAUCGAGGCAAGAUUACAGUUAUUUAAGAACGAAGUAAAGUUAAAGAGACAUUCUAUUGGAUUUAUGUUUUGUGGAAAUAUUAAUGAAAAAACUACAUUGCAAUCAAAAAUAUUUGAAAAAUUAUUUCCCAAAGUACUCUUAACAGAUAACGUGAUACAUGAUGGCAUAUAUAGGAGACCUACUUCCGUUGAUGAGUUAAAUGAAAAAAGGAACAAUGAAGAGGAAGACUUUGCAUUUUGUUAUAAAACUAAUACUAUGUUUUUAUUGCUUACUUAUGAUUGAUAUUUUGAAAAAAAAAACGCAUGAGAGAGAGCAAGAGAGAAAGAGAGAUUUAUGCGAUUUAAUUUUAAUUAUUUAUUAAAUUUUACUUGACAAUUAUCAUUUUUGUUUAUGAAAGUAAAUAUACCAAAUUUGAUUUACAAAUAAUUUCUUUGUGAUGUUAUUUGUUGUAUCUUUAAAAUAAAAAUAAUAAACAAAUCCAUACU